AUGUUCCCUGACAAAGCACCAGGACCGGAUGGUAUGAAUCCUGGAUUUUACCAGGAAUAUUGGGAUAUUGUGGGGGGAGAUGUGUCUAAAUUUAUUGUGAAUUGCUUGAACUCAUGCUCGUUGCCUGAAGGAUUGAAUGAUACUAAUGUGGUCUUAAUCCCGAAGAAAGAUGUGCCUGAGACAGUAGCUGAUAUGAGACCAAUAGCACUGAGUAAUGUUCUGUACAGGAUCAUGGCAAAGGUAAUAGCCAAUAGGAUGAAACCGCUCAUGGGGAACCUCAUCUCUGAGGCCCAGAGUGCUUUUAUCCCUGGGAGACUUAUUACUGAUAAUAUUUUAAUAGUUGCGGAGGUGGGGCAUUACUUGAAUAGAAAACAGUGUGGAAGGAAGGGGUGGGCAGCAUUGAAAUUGGAUAUGGCCAAGGCGUAUGAUAGGAUGGAAUGGCAGUUCCUGAGACGGAUGUUGGAGUGGAGGUGUAACGCCAACCAGGGGGUUGCGGCAGGGGAUCCUUUGUCCCCAUAUUUAUUCCUCAUAUGUGCAGAAGGUUUAUCUGUGUUAUUGCAAAGAGCGCAAAUGUCUGGUUUAAUACAUGGCUGCAGGGUUGCUAGGGGAGCCUCGCAGAUAUCACAUCUAUUUUUUGCAGAUGAUAGCCUAUUAUUUUUUAGAGCAGACGAGGAGGAGGCGGGAGUAAUUAAACAGUGCCUAGGACGAUAUGAGGAGCUCUCAGGACAAAAGGUAAAUUAUCACAAGUCCAGUGUCUGUUUUAGCAGAAAUACCAGUGUGGAAGAUAGGGGAGAGGUGGCGAUUUGCUUGCAGGUAGACCAGGCACCCAAUUUUGGGAAAUAUCUGGGACUACCAUCUUUUGUGGGGAGGAACAAGAAGGCAGUAUUCUCAUAUAUUGAGGAUAGGAUAAAACAGAGAAUAGGCUCAUGGAACAAUAAAUUUCUGACACAGAGAACAAUGAACAAGUAUUGGUGGGGCACUGGUAUGGAUAGAGGAAUACACUGGAAAGGCUGGGAUAAGUUAAGUAUCCCAAAGAAAUAUGGAGGAAUGGGGUUCAAAGAUCUCAAGAAUUUUAAUUUAGCAAUGUUGGGAAAACAGGCAUGGCGCCCACUCACAAGUCCAGACACACUUGUUGCAAAAGUCUAUAAGGCAAGGUACUAUCCUAAUACCACUUUUGUUGAUGCCAAAGUAGGAGGAUGCCCGAGCCACUCAUGGAGGAGUAUUAUGGCAGCUCAUGAUAUGGUGGUGGCACGGGUGCGCAGGAGGAUAGGGGAUGGUAAAACGACACUGAUCUGGGGACACCCGUGGUUGCCUGAUAAUCCUAGCCCUUUGGUGCAUACUGAUAUGCCUGUAGAGCUCAGGCACGCUAAAGUGGUAGGUUUAAUAGAUGAGCAAACUGCUACCUGGGACCCACAUAUUUUAGCAGAUUUAUUUGAGGAGGAAGAUGUGAGUAGAAUAUUGAGGAUACCUGUUAGUCCAGGAUAUGAGGACUCAUGGUAUUGGCUUGAUGACCCCAAUGGGAUAUACACAGUUAAAAAUGCCUACAGACACAUUAUGGAAAUUUAUGAUCACUCGCCUGGGAGUUUUGAGAAAUGGACUAAAAUGUGGGGAAUGAAAAUACCCCCAAAAUGGAAGACUUUUUUGUGGAGAGCAGUUUGUGAUAUUCUUCCAACAACUAACAACUUGAUUAUAAAGAGGGUGGAAGUGGAUCCCACAUGCCAAAUGUGUGGGAUAGAGCAUGAGAAUAUUAUGCAUACAUUCAUCAAUUGUGAUUAUUCUAGACAUGUUUGGAAUAUUUCAGGAUUGCCAAUAACAAAUAUUGUUGUCAACUCAUUCCCCGAGUGGCUAACAAUUGUGCUUACAAUGUUCACAGAGGACCAAAGUGCAGCGGUGGUGGCUUUGCUUUAUUGCUUAUGGAGAUGCAGGAAUUCAGCGGUAUGGGACGACACACUGCCGCGGCCUACGACGGCCUGGAGACAGGCCACGGCGGCGCUCCACUCCUACCGGCAGGUGGUGUGCCAUGGCACGGCGGCUCCCACGACGACUACAGCAGAUGGCGACACCGACUCCACCCCACGGUGUUACGUGGAUGCGGGGUAUCGGGAGGACACGGGGGAAGCUACAUAUGGUAUUGUGCUGCUGUCUCCGGGAGGAACUUUUAUUGCGGCGAAAAAUGGGAGACUAUCGAAUUGUUUGUCACCAUUCAUGGCGGAGGCACUGGCAUGUAUAAUGAUAAUCUGGGAUUCCGGGAGAUACGCAGAAUCUUUACCCGCCAAAUCCCGGGUUGCUCUUGCAUGA